CCGCUUCCGGGAGAGGCGACCGCAAUGGCGGUGCUGGCAUCCAACCCCAACAACCCCGUGGUCUUUUUCGAUGUUACUAUCGGCGGGCAGGAGGUCGGCCGCAUGAAGAUUGAGCUGUUUGCCGACGUUGUACCCAAAACGGCAGAGAACUUCAGGCAGUUUUGUACAGGUGAAUUCAGGAAAGAUGGUGUCCCUAUAGGUUAUAAAGGAAGCACAUUCCACAGGGUAAUAAAGGAUUUCAUGAUCCAAGGAGGUGACUUUGUAAACGGAGACGGCACUGGAGUAGCCAGUAUAUAUAGGGGUCCUUUUGCAGAUGAAAACUUCAAGCUGAAACACUCUGCUCCUGGGCUGCUCUCUAUGGCAAACAGUGGUCCAAGUACCAACGGCUGUCAGUUUUUCAUUACAUGCUCCAAAUGUGACUGGUUGGAUGGAAAACACGUUGUGUUUGGUAAAAUUGUUGAUGGGCUGUUGGUCAUGAGAAAAAUUGAAAAUGUGCCUACGGGUCCAAAUAACAAACCCAAGCUGCCAGUUGUGAUCUCCCAGUGUGGGGAAAUGUAAAGCAAUGAAAUGGAAAUGCGGUAAGUCCCAGUCUUCACAGGCACCCAGUGCAAUUGAACUCUGGGCUGCUCUGUUUUUUGCUUUUUUCUUGACUUAUUUUUACUUUCAUUUGAGUCUGCAGAGAGCUGACUCAGCUCAGUGAAACACCAGAAAAUGCUUCUCUAACAGCGUUAGUUUUUUGCCAGCUCAACUCCCUGAACUGACUUCCGUCUGAGCUACACAAACACCAAAGGCAGUGCUAGAGGGAUAAGAUUUUGCAGCUGCAGUCAGGGGGAAGAUGGGGUUGUGGGAGCUCUGCCUUGGAUGGGGUUAGGCUGCCUUGAAGCCUCGGCUUUAGAAACCAGCGGAUGAAAGGGAACUGCAGCAGGAAUCCAGCUGAUAUUACCCAGGCAGUCUGGGGGUGGGGGGCUUCACUUUGACCUGCAGGUUGGGGAACUCUCCUAUUGCUACAGAAAGCAGAGUAUCUGUGUGUGGGGCAGGCAGGGAUCAAGAAAAGAGGAGGAAGAGAGGACUUGAACCUCCUUGCACGGUACAGCUGCAGGACUGCCACCACUGAAGGGCCAAGGAAUUAACGUUACAUAGUCUUAACUCGAAAAAAUACCACUGUCCUCAUCUGAAGGGAGAUGUUUCCAGCAUUUACUAUUAUUCAGGCUUCAUUUUGGUUAAACCAAAGGCUCGAGACAGAGCUCAGGCUAACGUACAGUAUUCUGUUUCCAUUUGUCCGCCCACUUCACCAUAAAAAACACAAGCAUUUAAACAAAUCUGUCUAGAUUUCAAUGUGUCAAGCUGCAGCUUGUCAAAAAUCUGCUGUAUUAGCCUUUUGGUUGCUGAUUUUUCAAAUUUCAGCAGGCAGGCACUGACAAAAGCAAACCCCCACAAUUUUUGACCUUCCCCAUUAAAUGAUUUCCAAAGACAUCUGGCAUUAACCACGAAGAUGUGUCCCUGCUUCCAUAAUAAAGUGUUUCAGAUCUGCAGUGCUUCAGACUCUUGGGAGCUCCUCCUAUUUGAGGUAGUGACAACAGGGAAUGUAAUCAUUCUUUCAUUUCCCUGGUACUUCUGGUGGCAUUUAUAGCCUUUUGAAGAUGGGGACAACAUUGUUAAUGGGCUUUCUUGCAGAUGGGCAGACAGGUGCUGAUGGGUUGGGUCCCCUUAGGGUUGUCCUCAGGCCCAGACUUGAUCAUUUCAAUUUGGAGUACAUGAUCUCUGGCCAACAUCCAACUUGGGACUGGAAACUUUUCACUUCUAGGUACAAGGCUGGUGCCAUUUUGCUUACUUCCCAGCCAGGUCUUAGGAACUGCUUUUCUGCACCCUGCUGCCUCUCAGCUGCCUGUAGACAAGAACGGCAUUUGUCUUGCCCAACUUCAGACAGCUAAAUCAUUUACUUGUCAAGAUCCUUUAAAAUCAGCCAGGAGAAACAGGCACUGUUGGUUUUAAGUUCAGAGUUAGAUACAGAUGCCUGGUAUGGAGACCCAGGACGACUCCUGAGUUCUCUAGCUCAGGGCUGACAUGAACUAGUGCAUACAGCAAGUAGUACUCACUUGAAAAUCGCUGUAGCGGCCCCCAGUGUCACUGCACAGUCUUGCUGUUGUAGGAUGAGUUGGGAAUGGCUGUCCAGCUUUUUGGACCUGUUUCUUCUU